AUGGCCAAUUACCAGAACGGCCAACAGUACUAUCCAUCGCAUAGCCACCCCUCCCAAGGCCAUGAGACAUAUCAAGAUCCCUAUCACACCCAGCCCUCCUAUACCGAUGGAUCCUUCCCCUCCUCAGGCAACUAUGGUUCUGGAGACGACCAAUAUGGCUCUCAAAAUGCGUCGAGCAAUUAUGUCCCAUACAGCGGGGCCGGGUCUUCGCCCAACUACAACAGGGCACAGCCCGCAAGCAUAAAUACUUCGUUACCGUAUCGACAGAACACCCAAAGUGCGGCGCUGUCCGGCUACCAGCAUCACUACCAGCCAGCGUCUUCGGGCCAACCGUAUAACUCCUACAACCCCGCACAAUAUCAAUAUCAGCAGCAGCAGCAACAUCAGGCGCCGCAACAACAGCCGCAGCAGCCGCAGUACAAUCCGCAGUCGUACACCUCCCCACCCUCAGCGACUCAGUCUGGUGGGUACCAGCCUUACGUGCCCGCUGCAUAUUCGGAUUCCAGUGUGCAUCGCAACCCUUCUGUGUAUAACAACAAUGCAUAUUCGGCCUAUAACCAGACUCCUCAGACGGCGUUUCCCUCCUCUCAGCCGCUACCACCUCCUCCCCCGCAGCAUUCCUCGAGCUACAAUACAUAUCAACCUGAGUCGCAAUACCCCUCACAUUACACGAUGUCCUCCUCUCUACCUACGCGGCAGUCCACCUACCAGCCUUUGCAGUCCCCACCAGCUCCAGCCCCUCCACCACAUGAGACUCCCCCGCCUUCCCGCCCCUACUCGCACUCGUCUGCCGGUCAUCAGGAUAGGUCGUCUUAUAGCAACAUUAGCCCCCGCCCGCCAUCCGAGAUUGAUCGUACCUCGUCCUACGCCAGCCGCAUGAGUGCGCAGUCAAGCGCUUUCUCUGCGUCGCCACAGCCCUCCAUUCCAACGCCGCCGACUCGCCACACAUCCAACAGGUCACCCCAGCGGACUAACACUUUGGAUCGACACCCUCAAGGUCGAACAUUGCCUGGAGUACCCUCCGAAUCCGAAUCAGACAAUGACUACUUUGUACCUCGGCCCCCUGCUCACAGCUCUGGUGGCGUUGACGACAUUAUGCACCAGCUCGACAAUGAGAUCCAGGCUUCUUCGACGCGCGAGCGAGCACAUUCGGGGGGCUCUCCUCAGCCGCUGUUCUCCCCCGACGAGGCUCCGACCCAUUUGAAUGGCAACAUCGCGUCAACGGGAGAGGCGUACGUCAAUUAUGGCGCCUUCAGCGACGACAGCGAUGCGGAGGCGGCGGCUGGCCUGGCAGCGAUGCAGGCUCUUGACGAACAGGAAAGACAAGAGGAUGCUCGCCGAAGAAGUGGUUCGGCGACUUUGUUUCCUACCUCUAUGCCGCAGCAUGACGUCUCAGCCCAUAAUCAUCACCAAGACAUUAGCAGCGACAGUGACUAUGCCGGCUAUGAUCUCAGUGCCGCGGGUGGUGGAUAUGCACCAGGCUUAACUUACGGCGAGGACGUUUCGAGUUACGCAGCCGCAGCAGCGCUUCCCCGCGAUGACUACUACCAGCGACAAGGGGUGGACCCUACUCGACUGAAUUCAGUCCGUAGCAGCGGAGUGUCUAGUGAGGGGAGAGCUUCAGAUGCCAGCGGCCUAGACAUGCCCGCCCUAGAUUCUGCACAUCACCUCCCACCAAUACGCGAUAUAGCACGAGUUGAUACUGGCGGUACUGGGGGCCUCACUGAGCCAAGUCCGCACCCUCGACGUCUCAGUUACGAAGAUGGCGACGAAGCUGGCCAUUUCGAUUGGGAAGAGGGCAGGACACUAGAAGGAAGCUCGAGUCCAUCCAAGGAAUCUCUCCCAGACUUGUUCUUUCAUCCUGGAAUGAGUACUCAGAGGCCACUGCCACCCGCUCCAUCAGGCCUGGAUGCAAAUCGGAUACCUAACUUGGUUCCUGCGGGGACGUAUACUAACAGUCAACGAUUCUCUCAGUACACAGACAACAGGUCUAGCUACUACCCGAGUACGCCGGACAAUUACGCUGCCAAUCUACUCAGCCCGACAGCUGUCCCAAGGUCAACGUCACUCAUCAGCAAUCGCAAUAGUACCCCAGUCAAUCAACCGGCCCGGUCGAAAACUGAUGCUGAUCGAGCGAAAGCACUACGACAGCAACAAUUGUCCAGUCGGCCAAUGUCCGAGAUAUACGAUCCCUCCCAAGAUGAUAGCAGUAUGGCUUUGGACCUCCCCGCACUUCCACGCAAGAAAUUCAACCCUGCAAAAAUUACCCCGGAGCAGUUCAAGAGGUGCUCGGAGCCAUGGGCGCUUAGUGGAGUCUUAGCAUGGAUCAGGGACCUGGCGGACGAGGAGACCGACCUCCGAGAACAGACCAUUGUUGAUGGGAUAAUAGCCCUCUUCACCAACAAAGUGCCGACAAUGAACACCACUGAGGCUGAGGUCUUGGGCGAGCGUGUUGUCAAAGAAAUGAUUGCUGAGCAUGCGCUUGUCCGUGAGGAAGAAUGGGUCAAGUUUGGUCCAGGAAACGUCUCUGGCGUCAUAUUUCAGCUGAGUGGAGCUGGUUGUUAUUCAUCUAAGCUUCACGUGUAUGAGACGAAAGGCAGGUGCUACUCCCGGCACUGCAUGAGGACACUCAAGGUCGUGGACACCAGCGAUCUGGGUGCUACUGGUCCAGAGAAGGACUGGGCAACGUUCUACAAGUUGACAAAAGAGAGCAUUGAAGGCAAAGACAGACACGAGGUUGAGCUUCAGAAUGUCUUGCAUGAAGUCGUGACGUCCGAGGAAGACUACAUCGUGGACUUUGACGUACUUCGGCUCCUAUAUCGAGAUCCGCUGCAAAAUUCAAAUCCUCCCAUUAUUGCACCGAAGAAGCUCAAGGACUUCGUCAAGGAUGUUUUCGGGCUGGUCGACAAAGUCAAGAAGGUCAAUCAAGACUACCUACUUGGAAGACUUAAGUAUCGUCAGAACGAACAGGGACCUUGGAUUACCGGCUUCAGCGAUAUCUUCAGAGAAUGGAUUCGGAAAGCCAGAGCAAUCUACGUCGAGUACGCCACAAACUACCCUCGUGCCGAUUUCUUAGUCCGCAGAGAGCUGGACCGGAAUGUUGCGUUCAGAAAUUUGCUGGACCACGCAAGAGAGGAUCGUCGUUCACGGAGACUUGGCUGGGACAACUUCCUGAAGAGCCCGAUCACCAGAAUGCAAAGAUACGGUCUAUUAUUAAGUACGGUCGAAAAGCGCAUGUCCAAAGAGAUGUCCGACGAAAAAACCAAUCUACUAUUUGCGAUUGACGAAAUCAGAGCCGCCACUCACGAAUGCGACAACAAGUUUGCGGAAAUGGAAAGGAAGAUGAAGAUGCACGAGUACUCUGUGAAGUUGAAGCUCCGUCCAGGCAUGGAUAGGGAGGUCGAAUUGAACCUCGACCAUCUUGGCCGUGAGAUCCUGAUUCAGGGCGACCUUCUGCGCGCUGGUGGCAAGGGAUUCAACUGGGUUGAUACUCAUGCUGUUCUAUUCGAUCACUACCUUGUCCUUGCGAAGCUUGUUCGCGGCGUAGGACGAGCAGACUAUUACGACGUCUCGAAAUUACCAAUACCCAUGGAUCUUCUCGUGUUGGAAAGUAAUCAUGAUCCGGCGGUCAUGAAGUCGUCAAUGAAAGGCAUAGCAGCUGUCUCAACAGCUAACAUUCCUCGCACCCAGACGACUGACUCGCGCUUGGCCCGGACAACCUCCACGAACAGUGGUGGCUCGGGCUCAUUACAGCACACCAAUACUUCCACCUCGAUGGGUUCUGCAGCUACGGGGCCAUCGAUGGUUUCGGUGACCGCCCUUGGCGACAGUGGCAAAGAGGAUAAGAUCAUGUAUCCCUUCCGCAUCAAGCAUCUGGGAAAGCAAGAAGUAUACACGCUGUAUGCACCCAACGCCCAGGUCAGAGUUGACUGGUGCGAAGCCAUCAUGACCGCCAAAGAACGACACGCCGAGCAACUUCACGCUCAGCGUUCCGAACCCUUCAAGCUUCGGGUCCUAGCCGAUACCGCUUUUGGAUUCGACGGCUACGGCGCCACACAAAAGCGUCUCUAUUUGCGGAAUACUCCCCUAUAUCGCGCCGUGGAAGAAUCCAACAACAAAUAUGCUGGCCAAGGGCGGCCUGCGCCAGUCUGCAGAGCCCAGGUGAAUUGCGCUACCGUUUUCAAUCAACCAUAUGGCCGUCUCAUGUGCGCCAUUGGUACCGACUACGGCGUCUAUAUCUCGGAAUAUGGCAAUGCCCGAGGUUGGAUGAGAGCGAUUCAACAGCAACGCGUCACUCAGGUCGCCGUGCUUGAGGAGUUCAACUUGUUCAUUCUCAUCGCCGACAAAGUUCUCGUCGCGUACCAUCUGGAUAAAGUAUGUCCUCCUACGGGAGGGCCUUCGGUCGCGAGCUCGGCACGCGAGGAAAACGCACGCAACGCGCCGCAGAAAUUGUCGGGCAGCAAAGACGUAGGGUUUUUCGUCGUCGGCCGCAUGAAGGACCGUGCGCUUGUGUUCUACAAGAAAAAGGAUACGACCAGCAGUCACUUCAAAGUCUUGGAACCCGUGCUACAGAAGAGCACGACCAGCCGAUCGAGGUUCCUGCCGAGCAGCAGCCGACGGGGACAAACCGAGUUCUUCCGCGAAUUCGACGAGUUCUACAUCCCCACGGAGUGCUUUGGGCUGAAUCUGUUCUCGAGCUCGCUGGCGGUCAGUACGGCGCGCGGGGUGGAGGUGCUCAACCUGGACAAGAAGCAGACGUGGACGGUGCCGAACCUGCGGAGCGAGCAGCCGGACACGCAGGCGCACUUGAGCAGCAUUGCGUCGCGCAUCAAGGACCUGAAGCCGCUCGGCAUGUUCCGGCUCGGAGAGGCUGAGUUCCUGGUCGUGUUUGAGGAGUGUGCGGUCUACGUCAACAAGCAUGGCGAUGUCAGCCGGGGCGUGGUCAUGGAGUUUGUCGGCAAGGCCAGUGCCGCGACGCUGUAUCAGCAGCAGUACCUGAUACUCAUCGACGAGGAUUUCGUGGAGAUCAGGGAUGCGCAGAGCGGGAGGCUCAAGCAGAUCGUGAGUGGGCGGGGAGUGCGGCUCCUGGAUGAUGGCGGAGCAGGGUUGAGUGGUGGCGCUGGGGCUGCUGCGGGCGGAAACGGCAACGCAGGCCAUCAGGCGCAGCUUGGAGGCGGCGCGAACGGACUGGGAGUGCUGGGCUGGGGCGCCGCGCCCCGGACGGUCAAAGUGGCGAUGCAGCAUCCAGAGGAGUCGAGGACGCAGGUCGUGGUUGAGUUGGUGUUGUGGGAAGCGGAGGAGGGGUCUUGA